CCGCAGUGAGCUAAUGACCAGUGUUAAUUUUGGAACGCCAGAACGCCGCAAAGGAAGCCUUGCUGAUGUGGUGGACACACUGAAACAGAAGAAACUAGAGGAAAUGACCAGAACUGAACAGGAGGUAAUACCUGGAGGGUCGUUCCAUCCAGGAUCAGGGCCCUAUUUGUACUAGACACGCUACAAGCCCAUAGUGAGAUACGAUGUCUGCACCAGAGAGGUCACAGUCUAAAGACUCAAGACAGACAAAAGCUGAGCUGGAAGGAAAGUAGAACCACAGGGGAGGUGGAGCAACUGGCCAGAGUCACAUAGCUGGUCAGUGGCAGAGCGAAAUUUAGAUCCUAGAAACUCAUCCUGCAUGGAAAAGCUACUUUCUAAAGACUGGAAGGAGAAAAUGGAAAGACUGAACACAAGUGAGCUCCUUGGAGAAAUUAAAGGUACACCAGAAAGCCUGGCAGAAAAAGAGCGACAGCUCUCUACCAUGAUCACCCAGCUGAUCAGUUUACGGGAGCAGCUCCUGGCUGCCCAUGAUGAACAGAAAAAGCUGGCAGCCUCACAAAUUGAAAAACAACGGCAGCAAAUGGACCUUGCUCGCCAACAGCAAGAACAGAUUGCAAGACAACAACAGCAACUUCUGCAACAGCAGCACAAAAUCAAUCUACUGCAGCAGCAAAUUCAGCAGGUUCAGGGUCACAUGCCUCCGCUCAUGAUCCCAAUUUUUCCACACGACCAGCGGACAUUGGCAGCGGCUGCUGCAGCCCAGCAGGGAUUCCUCUUCCCCCCAGGAAUAACUUACAAGCCAGGUGAUAACUACCCUGUGCAGUUCAUUCCAUCAACAAUGGCAGCUGCUGCUGCUUCUGGACUCAGCCCUUUACAGCUCCAGCAACUCUAUGCAGCUCAGCUGGCCAGCAUGCAGGUUUCUCCUGGAGCCAAGAUGCCAACUACUCCACAGCCACCAAACACAACAGGGACACUGUCACCUACUGGGAUGAAAAAUGAAAAGAGAGGGACCAGCCCUGUAACUCAAGUUAAGGAUGAAGCAGCACAGCCACUGAAUCUCUCAGCCCGACCCAAGACAGCUGAACCUGUCAAAUCCCCGACAUCGCCAACACAGAACCUCUUCCCAGCUAGUAAAAGCAGCCCAGUGAAUGUGUCAAAUAAAAGUGGCAUCCCCAGCCCUAUUGGUGGACCGUUGGGAAGAGGAUCCUCUUUAGAUAUCCUUUCCAGUCUUAACUCACCUGCCCUAUUUGGGGACCAGGACACAGUAAUGAAAGCUAUUCAGGAGGCUCGAAAGAUGAGAGAACAGAUCCAGAGGGAGCAGCAACAGCAGCAGCAGCAGCCGCCUCCACACACUGUUGAUGGAAAACUGCCUUCCAUGAAUAACAUGGGGCUAAACAACUGCAGGAAUGAAAAGGAAAGAACACGAUUUGAGAAUUUAGGCCCACAAUUAACAGGAAAACCCAAUGAAGAUGGAAAACUCGGCCCAGGAGUCAUAGACCUUACAAGGCCAGAAGAUGCAGAAGGAAGUAAAGCAAUGAAUGGCUCUGCAGCUAAACUACAGCAGUAUUAUUGUUGGCCAACAGGAGGUGCCACUGUGGCUGAAGCGCGAGUCUACAGAGAUUCACGGGGCCGAGCCAGUAGCGAACCACAUAUCAAACGACCAAUGAAUGCUUUCAUGGUUUGGGCGAAGGAUGAACGCAGAAAAAUUCUCCAAGCUUUUCCUGACAUGCAUAACUCCAACAUUAGCAAAAUCCUAGGCUCUCGCUGGAAGUCCAUGUCUAAUCAAGAGAAACAACCUUACUAUGAAGAGCAGGCACGGCUAAGUAAAAUCCAUCUAGAGAAGUAUCCUAACUACAAAUACAAACCCCGACCAAAACGUACCUGCAUUGUUGAUGGCAAGAAACUGCGUAUUGGAGAAUAUAAGCAACUGAUGAGAUCUCGAAGACAGGAGAUGAGGCAGUUUUUUACUGUAGGACAACAGCCUCAGAUUCCAAUCACCACAGGAACAGGUGUUGUCUAUCCUGGUGCUAUUACCAUGGCAACUACCACACCAUCACCUCAGAUGACAUCUGAUUGCUCUAGCACUUCUGCCAGCCCUGAGCCCAGCAUCCCUGUCAUUCAGAGCACUUAUGGUAUGAAGACGGACAGCGGAAGCCUUGCUGGAAACGAAAUGAUAAAUGGAGAGGAUGAAAUAGAAAUGUACGAGGACUAUGAGGAUGAUCCCAAAUCAGACUAUAGCAGUGAAAAUGAAGCCCCUGAGGCAGUCAGUGCCAACUGAGGAGUGUUUGCAGAAUUAAAGUACUCUGACUCAUUUGGGGUUUUUUUUUGUUUUUUGUUUUUUGAACAAAAAGUUCUUACAGAGCCUGCAUGCAUGUGUGGCUCCUACAGUUCCAUCAGCAGAAUGGUCUUAAAUGUUUCUUAUCGUGUGAGACAGAUUGUUCCCUAAUUUUUCAUGAACUUUUUUUUAAUUUAGGUGAAGACAUAUAUUAAAUAUCAGGCAUCAGGACUUGAAAACUUAUAUGAAUCAAUAGCUGUCUUACAAGUCUUACCUUUUGUCUUUUUUUUUCCUUUUGGAUGCUGAUAAAGGUUUAAGUUACUGUUUUAGAUGGGGGUUCUACAUUCUCACUCAGGUAUGCUGUGCCAGCCUACAGGUUGUGAAUGUGUUUUUAUUCUGGAUUAUUUUAGAAAACAAAAACCGCCGAUUUCAUAUUGUGAAACAGAACAAGUCUGCAAGUGUGCGCAUCUGUGCAUCAUAGCUCAUCUUUUAAACAAGAAAAAAAGUCUCUGAAUUCCAUUUUUUCCACAUGUAUAGCUAACUUCUGAUGUGCCAAACUUUUCAUAACUUUUGAAUCUUAACAUUUUAAAACAAAGUCUUAAGGGAGACACUGUAAAGUCUUAGACAAUCCUUUGGCAUCUUAAAAAAUAUAGUGAAAACAUAAUUUUUUUUCCAGAAAAUGGUAAAGUACUCAGGAAUCUGGAGACAGGAUAUUCUUAAGUAGUGAACAUGGUUGCCACAGUGCAUGUGCCCAAUUGCUUUUGCUUCUUGAUUGUGCCAUUAGUGUGACAUAUUAAGUAAGCACAAAAGAGCGAUCACCAGCUAUGGACAGGCCUGUCUUAGCAGUGUGAGGCCACCUCUGACUACAUUCUCUGUCCCUUUGCUUUUAACCCUUGCAUUCAGUCUUAAUACAUUUUCUCUUAAUUAAUUUAUUCAUUCCAGAAUGUCAAGGGUCCAAAUACUUAAUAUUUAUUUUUAAAAGUACUGUUGGUGGCAUUACACUUCCAAUUCCUUAUCAAAAUUUUAAAAAGCCCUUUCCCAUUUUCCCCCCAAAAUAUGCAGGUGCCAUAAAAUAAGAAUGCACCUGUUUCCAAAAUGAAAAUAGAAUAUGUGAAUGGGAAAACUGAUUGUUUCCGUAACACUGCACAUAUAAACAACAUCUGGAAAUGCUGUACUGUAUGUAAUACAAAAAAUAAUGCUUUUAAUAUGUACAUAUAGUACAAGAAUUCCUAUAUAUCUAUGUUUAUACUUAGGUAACACUGUACUACUCUAAAGUAUGCAGAUAUGAACAGCCAGUGGGGACUCAUACCCUUCCUCUUCAGUAGCUGCAGGGAUGAAUUUGCACUGUACAAUCCUGCAGUAAAUCAAGGUUCCAGUCACUGCCAUCCCCAUUGUCACCUGUAGGAACUUUUUGCUUUCUUCCAUGUAUUUAUGCAGUGAUUUAUAUGUGACAUUCUUGGAUGGGUUAAGAGUGAGGGGGAGAGAGAAGUCACAAAAGUCUAAAUGGGAAAGCAAGGUAAAUGGGGCAUCAUAGUAUAGUCAUCAGACAUUAGUCACAUGGGAAUGGGACCCAGAGCUCCUGAUUUCCUUUCCAGGCUCACUCAUGCUCUGAUGGUAUGACUGUGAGCAAAUCAUUUAAGUCCCAGUUCUGUAAACCCUUAAUGUAUGUACCAAAAUGUAAGUUUGCUCUCCUAAUGUAUAUGCUUGCAGAUUUUCAGGGCUUCCAUGUUUUCAACCAUAAAGUGAGGAUAAUGAUAAUUCUUAAUCUCACAGUAGUAUUGUUGGACUUGACUAAUGUAUGUCAAGUGCUUUGGGAUGUUUGGCUGAAAGAAAUGACAAGGUAGUUUUAAAUUAUUGUUAUAAACAUCGUAAUUAGAAAGACAACUUUUGCUUAACAUAGAGGGGAGAUUGUUCUGAGGUUUAAAAGUUAUUGAAUGUCACACCCAGAAAAAAAGAAAAAAAUUCUCUGACUUCUUCACUCCCACACUAUUCUUAUUAUUUACAAAAAAAUCACUGUAGUAUGGGCCUGAUCUUGUACAUGUGCUAAGCAUUUUCAGCUCCUGGGGACUUUAUUGUGCACCUUGACAAAGAACUCAGUAACCUGCAAGGUCAGACAGGAGCAGAUAAAUGUGUAUGGGCCUGACCCAGUCUCUACCAAAGUCAAAAGGAAUCUUCCCAUUGAGUUUCAGGUCCCAUAUGACAAAAUGGGUGCAGUAUUAAUGCAGGUUAUAGUCAUACCAUCACACAAUCUUGCAGAAAUUCCUGUCAGACCAAAUGGUGAGGUGGUAUGUUGUGAUUUGUCAUUUCCCCAUCGCAGCUGCAGAAAUACCUGUCUGGGCAGAGAUAGCCAGUGUCACCACUUUAGGAAUCGCAUUUAAAUGUGCAGCAAAAAAAAAAAAAAAAAGAAAAAAAAAAAAAAAGAAAAAAAGGAAAAAGGAGAAAAAAAAGAAGAUUGUUCAGUUUACAGGACAAUUCAUAAAGAUAAUAGAAACACAAUGGUCAAAUUUCUCUGACCAUUUGGUGAUUUGGAACAAAAUACUAUAUUUUUACUAUUUAUUUAAGCGUGUUCUGAGUCCAUGUUGAAUAAGCAAUAAACUGGUCUAGCCAAGACUUUAAAGGCAUAUGUUUUGUCAUUAGCUGGUGAGCGCCCUCUUUAAGCUGGCUAAGGUACUGAUAGAAAGUGUUUUUGGUCUUAAUAUUGCUUGGGGAUUUUGAACUGUUUUUAACACAUCUAGCUUGGAUUUGGGGGGAGGGUACCAUUAUUUCCUAAAAAAUUACUAUUUAUUAAUGUUUUACAGAAUUCUCCAGUUAUAAAUAUCUCUCCCUCCCCCUGUGUCAUUUCUUUUCUCUUUUUUUCCCUUCUGGUUUUGUUGCAUAGGUAGAAUGCUCUAUUGCUAGCAUUGUAUUUUAUGUAAUUAUUUUUGCACAAAGGCAAACAUUUAGAUUAGUAGAUUAAUUUUUUUAAUUUUAUGACCAUGCCAAAAUAAUAUUCUGCAGGCUGGUGGAGAACAAAGGACUGUUCUUUAGGACUGAAACUUGAUUUUGCUUGUAGUACAAAAAAACACACACUCACAGAUGUUGUUUCAUAAGUGUUAUAAGCACUGGAUAUAAAUGGUAUUUUUUAUCACUUCUGACUAAUGUGAAACUGUUGUACGAAAACUACAUGAACAAAAGUCAUCUGUUUCGACUCGUGUGGGCCUGCCUCACAGUUGCCGGAUUUGAGUCAUUUUAUGUCUUGUUAUUUCAUUUAUUUAUGCAAAAUACAUGUAUGUAUGAACACUUUGUUUUAGCUCCAGUCCUGCCUCAGUGCUGAUGAUCUGUAACUUAAGGCCACAUUCUUAAAAGUGAUUGGCUAUUCAGGAAUCACCAGAUUGUAAAAACUGCAUUUACUGGUUGGGAGAGUGGGAGGGGAGUAUUUGACUCUAAAUUGUGAAUAUAAUCAUGUUGUAUUUAUUAGUCGGCAUUGACUCUAAAAUGUCAGUGGAAAUCAUGGAAGGACAAUCAUAACAAACAUCAUUUUUCUUAUAUUAAUCGGAGCUCAAAACAAAGUUUGUGAUGAAUUUACCAUCUCAUUUUAGAUUUUUUUAAAUUGUGUAAAUAUAACAUAGGAAAUAGAAUUUUAUUUUUUGUUCAUGGAUACUUAGUGAAGUAUAAGUUAUGUAUUUACUUUUGUUCUAUAUCAGUGUAUGUUGGUCCAUAUUAAAUGCUGACAAAUCGCUGUACCUCAUGUAGAUGCUGAAUUUACACCCGCAGCAUGAGAGCAGUAUUGUGGACCUGUAGCUGGGACAGCAAGAUGCCUCACUUGUGCUCCCACUGACUUUGGAUAAUCCCAUUUUCCACAAACACAGAAUACUUUUUUUUCUUUUUCCUUAUGAAGGAACAUACAAAUUUUCCAACACAGCUGGUAGGAAAUGCAAUUUGUUUUGCAAAUCCAAGCAAACUGACAAAAUAGCUAUAUUUGUAUAGGAGCUAAACUAACACAAAUGGCAUAUUGGAGGCUAAAAAAAAUGUGCUUGGGAGGAUUCUCAUCAUUAAGAGAGUCCUUGCCAUGCUAAUUAGAUAUAAUAAUGCUAAAUUGGUUUAUUUCUGUGUUCAUUAUGUAAUAGAGUUGUCAAAUCAGGAGUUGAUAACAGAGAAAACUCUUCACCCAAUAUGUAAAGAGGGCUUGUGGGAUUUUUUUAGCAUUGCGUUUGGGUCCCCCAGAAUAAUUCUGAUUAAAAAAAAUUAGUAUUAAUUCCAUUCAGGUAAUGAGCAACUAUAGUAAAAACUAUUUUCAUUGUGAACAGAUGCAGUUAUACAGUAUAUUUAAUUAGCAGAUACAAUAUAUUUUCUUUCUGGAAAGUUAUAAAAGAGUUAUUUUCAAGAGAAGAACACUCCUGAAGCAGUCUGUUACCAGCUAAAAUUAAAUAGUUCACUUCACUUGGUCUUUGGCCAAAUAGAAAGCAAAAUCUUAAUGGAAACUAACCUCUGGUUUGCAGGGUACAGCUUUACAUGGAAGAAUGACUGUCAUGAGAGUGUCCAAUUCUGACCCGCUUAAGCAUUAUGUAUUACCAGCAUUCAUGUAUCUCCAUUUAGCUGGUGGAGCCAGAAGCUGAGAAUGCAUGGGAUUAGAUAUGAUCAAGAACGGGUGUGCUGAGGUUAAUCAAGAGGUGGGGGAAGGCAAAGGAGAGAGUUGUUAUGGGGUGGGAAAUGCAAAACAAUAUGGCGACAUUAUUAUUUAGUGAGGGUUGCUCACAGUAAAUGCUACAAUCUAUAAAGAGUACAGAAGUCAGAUGAAAACAAUUUUGGAUUCGUAUGUAAACACAAACAGCCUCUAGGCAUCGUCCCCUAAGGGGUAUUGCUUUGUCUUGUUAAAUAUGUUAAAUUUCUCAAUACGUUAUAAGAAAUCAUUUAUUAGCAAAAAUAAAUAAUUUAUGCCCCCUCCCAUGAAACACUUAAGAACCUGCUCAGUGUUAAGCAUACGAGGUGUUCCAUUGGAUUCAGCACAACCAGGAAUGUGUGUUGAAACAAGCAGGUGCUUAAAUCUUUGACUGACCAUGGUCACAGUGCUAGUAACUGCACUCAAGAACCCACCAGUACAAUGGACAAUGCAGUUCUUCAUAUUUUUAAUGGGAAGUUGACAAAUGGUCUCAGACCCUAGGUAUUUGCAUGCUUGUUUAAGGCUCAAGUUGGCACUAAAGCAUGUUCUUUUAAAAGAAUAAUACUAUGUGACCUCAUUUAAUCUUUUACAAAACACUUGCUCUUUUUCCUUAUAAAAUAACUUCUCCCCAAAAGUUUUUAUAGAAACCCAUUAAUAGCUGUGCUUUUUCUCAGCUCAUACUACAUUUUUAAUAUACUGUCAGGGUCUUACUACAGAACGAAAGCAUUAAGGUAGAUACAUAGGCAAGUAUAUUUCAUUUUGACUCCACUACCCUUCUUUUAAGUACCAGAUACAUUUGAAAAAAGUGACAAAGUAGUAUUCUGAGAGUUCACACAUUGGGUGCAAUGGGGUGGGAUGGGUUGGGUAAAGGAAAACUUUUCAAAUUGGCAAUAUGAAAGCUCAAAAAGCAACUUUGUAACAUGGCUUGCUUUAAUUUCUGCUUUCCUAAAAACAAAACAAAACAAAACAAAACAAAACACAAGUGAGGUCCUUGGUGCUCUUGGAGUAUGGGGAAUGUGCAAAUAUUUAACUGUUUGUAUGCUGCACAUUGCAGACCUGCUAGUGUGCAUUCUCCGUUUGUCUUCCUUUGUCAUUUGUGUUUUGCUUUCUCGAAAGCACCGUUUUUUUCCUUGUAUCCUCCUUCAGCUUGUAGCAAAUUAGGAUGCUUAGCAUUUAUGUUCAUUCAUUAUUGUAUUUGCCAUGUAAAAAUUUUUUUAUUACAUUAAGACAAGCUUAUAAGCUGUUACUACAUAACUUAUCUUACUGUAACUCUUAUUUCCUGACAUUGUAAUUUGUUUGUGAUGUAUAUUGUGAGAUUGUACUCUAUGUUAAUUUAAUCAGCACAAUUCACUGACAUGCUGGACUGACAUGCUAGCUGCUGUUUCAAAUUGUAAAGUUUGUGUAGAGCUGUUGGGACAACUGAGAUUCUCUUGUCAAGGUACUAUGCUUUGGUUCCUAUAGCAACACUGUGGGUGAGGCUCUUAAAGUGGUAGGGCUGCUGUUUAGACACCCACUAGCAAAUUUAACUGGCAGGUUUUCUUUGUAGAAAUUCUAUAUACAAUGCAGGUACCUACUUGGGCCCAUGGCUGGUAAUUAUUUGGGCGUUUAGAGGAAAAACUAGUGUCUAUUGCUGCUUUGAAUAUGUUUUAAAGUCUGAAAAUGUAAAUAGUUUAUCAAAAAAAAUCUUGUACAGUCCAGUGUAAAGUUUUUAAAUGAACUUAAAGGUUGCCAUCACAUCUUUCUCACACUCUCCUCUUGAUACAGUAAAAAAGAAAAAAAAAGUUUGCUAAGGAUAUUGAUUAAAAAAAUCUGUUCUCGAUUUAAAAAAAAAAAAGAGAAUCAUUAUUCUUAGCUUUGCUUCAUUGCAUAAAGAGACUUCUUGGAUUUUGUUGUGCAGUAUUGACGUGAGGUAAACUAAAUAUUAAAUAAUCUUUCAGUGGUACUUUUAAGAGUCUUCUCCUCCUCUGCCUCAGUAAUUAAUGGAAAAGACAAAAUUGAAAGACACUGUCCUUAUUCAGUAUAUUCUGGUGUAUGUUGGCACCUUACCUACAUGUUUGGGGUGGGGUGGGGGGGGAUUUUGUUUCUUUUUUAUUAUUUAGAUUUUUUUUUUUUUUUUUUUGCACAAGGUGCUUUCCUGAUAUGUUAAACAUGUCAUCUUUGGGUGAUACCGGAUAUGCCAUGAUAGGGGUUUGGACCCCUCAGGGGAGUGUCUAUAAGACUGCCUAUUUAUGCUCAUUUACCUCAAGACUGUCCUCUCUACCCUUAAUCUAUUCACCAUCACUCCAUCUUUUGUACUGCUGUUGACACUUACAAAUUAAAGAUAAAUUUUGUUUUA